CGGAAGUGACGUGCCCUGAGCGGACAAAGGCAUCGUGCGCCGGGAGCAGUUGCGGCCCGUCGUGGUUUGGUUUGGCUGUGGACCUGUGGGGUCUCUGCUACCCUCCUUUCCUCUCCGUCCUCUUCUCCCGGGUUCCGGGAGUCCCCGCCCGGGGCUGCCAUUCUCAUAUGUUGAACUGCUGUCCACACAGAUCCAGGGAGGUACGGGCCCUGUCCAUGAGGCUGCAAGAGGGAGGAGGAGAGGCACUGUUGCUGAGCACUUGAGCAGACACGUGGUUGGUGACAGUAUGACAAGUGAGGUGAUAGAAGACGAGAAACAAUUCUACUCAAAGGCCAAGAUGUACUGGAAAGAAGUCCCACCCACAGUGGACGGCAUGCUCGGGGGGUAUGGCCACAUCUCCAGCAUCGACAUCAACAGCUCCCGGAAGUUCCUGCAGAGGUUUUUGAGGGAAGGCCCAAACAAGACAGGAACUUCCUAUGCCCUGGACUGUGGAGCUGGCAUUGGAAGGAUCACUAAGCGGCUGCUCUUGCCAUUGUUCAAAGUGGUGGAUAUGGUUGAUGUGACGGAGGACUUUCUGGUUAAAGCUAAGACCUACCUGGGUGAGGAGGGCAAGAGAGUGAGGAACUAUUUCUGUUGUGGUCUCCAGGACUUCAGCCCAGAGCCUAGCUCUUACGACGUUAUCUGGAUUCAGUGGGUGAUAGGCCACCUGACUGAUCAGCACCUGGCCGAGUUCCUGCGGCGCUGCAAGCGGGGUCUGCGCCCCAAUGGCAUCAUUGUCAUCAAAGACAACAUGGCACAGGAGGGCGUGAUCCUGGACGACGUGGACAGCAGCGUGUGUCGGGACCUCGAGGUGGUGCGCAGGAUCAUCCGCAGUGCAGACCUCAGCCUUCUGGCAGAGGAGAGGCAGGAGAACCUCCCUGACGAGAUUUACCAUGUCUACAGCUUUGCCCUCAGAUGAGCCCCAGCCGGGUGGCAGAGAAACUGAGGGACCAGUGUGGGGGUGGGAAGGGAGCUGGCAGCUAUGAGAGAACCAGCGGUUCAUGUUGACGGUUCAGGGGUAUUGAGAGACCACUAAAUAUACCUGUUUGCCAUCUACUCACUAUACAGACUCUUUUUAUAGAGGCAAAAGGGGACCCAGUGGGUCAUGCAAGGAGCCUGGCUCUGGCUGCCUUGAAAGGCAGGGAGCAGAGCCUGUGUGGCUCUAGGUGCUCCCUAUAUGGGAAGACAGUGAUCACAUCAGACGCUGAAGUCCUCUGGGUCUUGGCUAACACCAUCUGGCCUUUCAACCAUAGAUCUGGCUGCCUUAAGAGGAAGAAAAUAUCCCUGUUGCUGUGGACUUGAAGAACUGGGGUCUUUACCUAGGGGGGAGAGAGGCAUGGCCUCCUGGAGAGAGAUAAGCCAGGCCGUGGAGCCUGUGGGUGCCUGCACACUCCUGGCUGGGAGGCCUACCCUGGAGUCAGCCACGUUGUGCAGCUUGUGGGAAUCUCCAUGGUUCUGAGUCCUAUUUGGUGAUGGCGCCCUGGUGUCUAUAAUGAAUGUGACAGUCACAGCAUCCUGCAGCAAGGGGAGACACCUGUGGCUCCUCCUGGGCAGGCAUUUUCAGUUGAAAAUAAAAAGGGAUGAAUCCCUGGACUGUUAAAGCCCUA